UCCGUUCCCAGGCUGGCGAUGCUGGCAAGGGGGCGACGGCGCGCUGCUGGAGCCGGCUGGGUGUGAAAGCACCACGCACGCUGAUUUCUAGAGAGCAGAUUUUUCUCUACCGCUGUCGGUCGCAUCCGUCUUGCACGCGGAGGCGUGAGGUCGUGGGGGGAAUUUUCGUACAGAAAGAUGAAGCCCCGAGUCGUGGAGAAGAGCAGUGAGCUGUGCAAGCACUAACAACAACCCCUACACCUCCUUUGGGGCCACACUGGCACGGGACGAGGAGCAGAACCUGUGGAGCACCCCGCACGAUGUGACCCACACAGAGGCGGAUGACGACCGGGUGCUGUAUAACAUGAUCGUGGUCAGGAACCAGCUGGACAAGGACUCGGAGGAAUGGCAAAAGCUCAACUAUGAUAUUUAUACCUUACGGCAGACCCGAAAAGAAGUGAGAAGCAGGUGGAAACAUAUUCUGGAGGAUUUGGGUUUCCAGAAGGAAGUGGACUCCCUCUUGUCAGUGACCAAACUCAGCAUCAUUAGCGACUCCCAGAACAUGGGCAAAGCCCGGGACUUCCUGCUAAAGCUGGCUGAAGAGACAAACAUCUUCCCGACCAGCUGGGAGCUUUCUGAGCGCUACCUCUUUGUGGUGGAUCGGCUCAUAGCUCUGGACGCUGCAGAUGAGUUCUUCAAGAUGGCCAGCGUGGUGUAUCCAAAGAGACCCAGCAAGGAGAGAGGGGACGAUGGACAGAAGGCCCCACAGUGUAUCUCUGCCAUGAUGCCCUGAGGAACAUGACCCACUGGUGUGAGAUGGACAGCAGGUUUCCUUCCCUCUGGGACCAGGCUCCUCUGCUGGGGGGUUAGUGCAAGUAGUGCUGCUCCUUGUUUUCCUGCAGAGAAGCAAGUGGGCUGACUGGUGCAAAGCGAGGAGGUCAGCGAGCUGUGCUCCACCGGGAGGGCACGGGAAGUCCAGCGCUGGCCCCAAGGUGCUCCCAAGCAGAAGGCAGCAAGAACUUGCAGUAGCGUAGCCCCAGUGGGAGACCACUAGCUGAGUAGUGUGUGCAGUAGGCAUGGGGGGAACCCACCACGCAAGGCGUUGACUACCAGUAGCUGCAAAAAUCAAGAUGCCUCUUGUUACAAGUGCUGUGAGGAGAUGCGUGUUUCCAUCUUCUGCUGGUACCUGCCACUGUCCCCUCCCUCGACCCUGCUUGCUGGGAGGAGCAGCAAGGAAGGAAAAAUACCUCAGUCAUCUACAGUCCCAUGACAUUUCUCUGCUGGUCCUCUUCUUCAUCCCCAGCCCAUGGCAGCCCUGUGGGGCAGGUUGCAGGGGAUUUGGCAAAGAGGCAGCAGCAGUGCGUAGUUGGGAGACGAGUUCGUGCUGGGCAGCAGAGCCUUGGGGCAGGGUCACGGUUGGGUGCUCUGUUCCCAGCCAUUCGUGGUUUAGAGGUGUUUGUGUCGGGGUGUGCUCAGCCUGACAUUUUAAAAGAAGGUAGAUUUUAGGAGGUGCCAAUGUCAGACCUGCUGAGAAUUUGGCUCCUGUAAUAUCCUCAGAUUGGUUGCCUAACAUCUUAAUACAUUUCUAAAAGUUUUGGUCUCAAUUGCAUAAAAAACCCCACACUGUAGGGGUGUAAAGCUGCAUGUAUUGUCAAUAUAUACCAUCCCUACUGUUAAUGAGGAUUUUUAAUGAACAUCCUUUAUAUCUUGGGGUUUUGACUGAUAACGAGCAAUAAUUUUAAAACACUGGGUUUGAUCUUUUAAAAACAAGUGGAAGUUAUUCACUAGGUUAACACGUGCUGUGAAUUGGCCAGUUGAAAAUGCUGGUUACAUAGGACCUCCUAAAAUAGCAAAACAGAGCUUUUAUUUGUUUAUACCUACAGUGUUUGAAAGAUACAUAUUUAUGAGUUGUUUCUGUUUGUCAGUCUACCUGGGAAAUGUUUUUGUCAGCUCAGGACACCAGUGAAAACUGAGUUUAAUAAACCAGACACAUUACAAAAUGAA